AUGAAUGUGAACUAUGAUCGUGUUUGUAGACUGUGCUUGUCAUCUCGAGGCGAAUUACUGCCGAUUUUUCCUACCACCAGUUCGGAUGACUCGGAACCUCCCGUCCUCGCUUCAAAAAUCAAGGAUUGCGUGUCUGUAGAGAUAAACGAAAAUGAUGAGCUGCCCACAAAUGUCUGUAGAAAAUGCAUGGACAAUGUCAAUAAUUGGCAUAAGUUUAAAAAUAUUUGUGAAAGGACUCAAAACAAACUACAGUCUUUGAUUAGUAAAGAUGGCAGCCAACUAGAAGAGGUUCAAAUUAAGAGUGAACCUUUGUCUGAUGAAGCUUAUGAUGAUGGAGUUGUUAUUGAGGGUUCAUAUCCUGAUAGUGAGAAUGCCAGCGUGGCAAAUAAAGUUCAACCUGAAGGUCCACCAAUCUUGGCUUCAUUGGGGCUCACACCUCGGAGUGAUAAGAAGUGUGUGGAUCCUCGAAUGGAUUGGCACCGAGUCUGUGCUAUCUUGGACAUGGUUCAAGACAAUGAGGUGAUUGACUCACUACAAUCAAAGGAAGAGUGUGACGUUUUGCAACACUCUGAUCAUGACUCUGACACAGAGGCUGAACUUCAACCAGAAAUUGAAGAUAACUAUGUAGAUUGCAAAAAUGGCUAUGUCUGUAGAAAUAAUAAGGUUAUAUCAAAGAAUCCUAAACUGUCACCAUCUAUGAAUAACAUUAAAAUUAGAGAAGCUCAGCAACUCAGGAAACGAAAAUUAGAUUAUCCCAAACAGCACUGCCUGCGUCCUAAAAAUGCUUGGCAAUUAUUAUUCACUGAUGACCUACUUGAGUUGAUAGUCAACUCCACUAAUGAAUAUAUCGUCAAGAAUGGAAAAAGUGACUCCAUUGCAACCAAUGUCAGCGAAAUAAAAACACUUAUUGGCAUUUUGUAUUUGCAUGGAAUAAUGCGGCCGACGCAUGAAAAAUGUAUUGACCUUUGGCGUGGUGAAUUUGGUGUACCUUGCGUUAGAAAUUCCAUGAAAUAUGACCGGUUUAAAUUUCUUUUACAAAACCUAAGUUUUGAUCAACAGGACGGUGACACUAUUAUACAGUUUGAUAUAAUGAAACGUAUGCGUAAGGUAUUUGAAAUCUUUGCCAUGAAUUGCAGAACAGCUCAUGAGAUUGGGAAUAUUGUGGUUAUUGAUGAGAUCAUCGUUCCAGUUUAUGGACCUUGUCCAUUUCGAUAUGAUAUUGAUAAGAAACCACUAAAGUGCGGAAUAAAGAUGAUAUUGCUUGUAGACUCAUCAACAUUCUACAUAAGCAAUUUAGAUGUCAUUACUGACCCAUACUUUGGUUCUGAAGAGAUUACUAAAAAGGUAGUUCAGCAUUUAGCUGGUACUGGAAUAACUAUUGUUAUGGAUAGCUGGUAUACUUCCUUAAAAUUAAUGGAACGGCUUAGGAAUGAGUACCAACUAUUUACUAUAGCAGCAUUAAAUCCAACCAAUGACUGGAUUCCACCCUUGUUCCUUUCUCAGUAUAGAAAAUGUAGAACAUUUAUGUCUGGAUUUAUUGAUCAUGAUGUUUCAAUUACAUCUUACGUGAAUUCUGAUUUAAAAGCAAUAAAUAUAAUAACUAAUGAGCCUAGAUUUUACAGAAAAGGUCAUGUGAACCAAACUACAGUUGUGUCUGUGUAUAAGAAGAAUCAAUCAGCUGUAGAAGUGGUUGAUGUUGUUAUGAAUUACUAUACAACUAUGCAACAUACCAACGAUUGGACUCUAUCAUUAUUCUUUACGUUAUUAAAUAUUGCUUCUGUCAAUGCUCAGGUGUUAUGGAGCUCUCAAAAUACAAAUGUUGCACAACGUCGCACUUUCAUAAAGGAUUUGGCCUUAAGCUUAAUGGUACCUGAAAAGAGACCACAAAUAUCUACACUCAAAUUAAACGACGAAUGUGAAAGAGAACAGAAUUUAUCUUUGUUGCAAGAAAUGGGAGUGGAAAGUGAGAAAGAAGAAGAGGAAGACGAUGAAGAAUUGAAUGAACCUGCUCAACCAUUCCCCAAAAUGCCCCACAUGCCGGAAGUGUCCAUAACAGUAAUGCGUCCUACGGGCGAGACCUUGCAUGCACGCCAAGGUAUACAUCAAUUAGCUUCUAAGGACUGUCUUGUCUGUGGCCGUACUUAUAGAUAUUCCCACAAUGCUCGUCGGCAUGAGCUUACUGCUCAUAGCUUUGACAGGUAUACUAACAAAAUAACUCCAAAGAAAACACUUGGUCAUUUGCAACCCAAACUAAGACCUAAUCCAUUUAACCCUAAAGCGCGUUUAAUGCCGAAUCCUAUUAGUCAUAAGAUGCAAUUUAUGCCCAAAAACAUCCCAACGAAAGUAGUACCUAUAAAUAAAGUUAUCACACCUCAAAAACCUAUACCAAUUAAAUCAGUUAAAGCGUCUCAAAACAAUUUGCCUUAUCCACUUCGUAUUAAAGCACUGAAAGAUUUACAGAUUAAGAAAAAGGAACCACAAAUUUUAAAGACUCUGUUAACUUCUAAACCUGAAGUUCUGGUUUCUGAACCCGAAAUAAUAAAUUCUGGACCCGAAAGUCCAGAGACACUGAUAUCUGAACCUGAAAUAGCUUCGUUCCAAGUAGAAGCAAUACUUUCGGAACCCGACGCCGACGGCUACGACCACCAACAGGGUGACGAGGAAGUUGAUGGAGACAUGCAUAAUAAUCAAGGUCAGAAUUAUGAUACGGUUGAUAUGAAUUCUGAAAAUGAAAUUGAGAUCGCGCGUCAACAAGGUGACGAGAUAGAUGGCGAAGAACAGGCUGAUGGUGACGAAAACAUGGAUCAGGAUGAUAACAUGGAAGGUGGUCAGAGUGAGAACGAUCAAGAAGGAGACGAUACAGCAGAAAGUCAAGAGAAUGACAUGGAGGAUGGUUUAGAAACGAAAACUGAACAUGAAUUGAAGGACGGUGAGCAAUUGCAAGAAGAUAGGGAACAUGAAGAAAUAGAAAUGAAUCACGAUGGAAACGAAGAUGAAGACGACGAAGAUUUGCCAAUGACAAUACAGCCAGUAGUCGAAAUUAAUGAAGACUUGCAGGCUAAUUCGUUUAAUACCGAUGUAGCUGAUGGUGAUGACCUUGACGAGAGCGUUUAUCCUAACGAGACCGUUGAUCCUAAUGAGACUGUAGACGAGGAGGAAGUCAAAGAACUCGAUCCUGAUAAAACAUACGUAACAAAAACGCAAAGAGACUUCAUUUUAAAGUAUCGUGACGUUAUUGAGCAAAUCAAUACAAAACGCUGUUUAUGUUGUGACAGAGAACAUCCGCGCCGAAAAGCGGUUAUACAGCACUUGCAGAAGAAUGGUCACAAAGUACCAAAACACACAUGCUACAAUUGCGUUGUUACAUUUGGGCAUAUUGGUGCUCUGCUCAGCCACAUGAGGUCGAAUUCUUGUACUGAUUUGUGGAAGAUUAUAUACAACGAAAAUGGUAUUACUGAUGACUUGGUUCUGGAGGAUGAACCUAAGGAGGUCAAAGUCCAGUAUAAAGAUAUUUUUAAUGCUAGAUCGUAUGCUUGUAAACUAUGUCCAGCAAAAUUCCAGUUAAAACAAUUUAUAAUGAAACAUGUUUUGGAUGCUCAUGAAGAUGGACAAUCGAGAGUGCCUCUCGGAUGUGUGCAUUGUAGAGCAAGGUUUAAGGACAAGAGCUUGCUUAAAAAACAUAUUCGUAAAGGUGAUUGCACAGUUUAUGUAGCAUGUGACUUAUGCCCAGAAACGUUCGGUAAUAUGCAGAGUUUUAAUGAUCACGCAUUAGCCGUUCAUGCCGGUAGUUUCGAAUCAGAUAGCCAAAGCAAAUGCGUCGACGGUCGACCUACUGACUGUCCAUUAUGUGGCAAGAAAAAUAGCAGCUAUCCGAAUUUAGUAAAACAUUUGAAAAUUAUUCACAACGAGGAAACGCCUCACUACUGUCAGCACUGCGACUCUAAGUUUGAACAAGCUGCUGAUCUCAACAAACACAUUUACAUGGAACAUUCUGACAGAACUUUAGGUAUGCAACAAAACAAUGAGCCGGACAUGUCCAUUGUGAAGGAAGAGGCUGAAGAGUAUCACUAUUCCUGCACUGAGUGUAACGCCAUAUUUGAAACUGUCGAUGCGUGGACUGAUCACCAGGUUGCCGAACACAACCAAGUCGCUCAUCACUGUGACCAGUGCGACAAGAAAUUCUUGCGUCCCUCUGAGCUAGCAGAACACAAGAACACACAUUUGAGGGUUAAGUUUUACCCUUGCAGCGUUUGCGCCAACUCUUAUAGUACCCCUCAAAAACUUUCAGAACAUGUGCAACAAGCCCAUCCAGGAAUUGGUGCAAUUGCUGCAGCAGAUUCAGAAUUCUUUUGUGAUAUCUGUAUAAGGUCAUUUAAAAGUCGUCAAGCAUAUUCAAACCAUAUGCGUAUACAUGCAAAAGUGCCCACGACUAACAGAAAACCAGGAGAUACUUCUUCUAAUAAGGGAUUUUCGCCCUCAAUUAUAGGCAAACCGAUCAAACAAGUAUACCCUAUGGUCCAACCUGGUUUUGUCUCGUUUAAGCCUCAUUACAAUAUUCCUAAUGCUCCUUAUUCCUGCGACAUAUGUGGGAAAGGAUUCAUGCAUAAAAAGAACAUAUGGAAACACAAGAAAGUUUUACAUGCGGAUAUAUUGAACGAAAGAAACGACAGUGAGGAGAAUACUAUGCAAGCGUCCACUGAAGAGGACGAGUUCAAUCCAGAUGAAAACGGCGCUAUUCUCUCGACGCCGCAGUUUGAUAGUUUUAAUUUUGGCAAUUUCGCGAAUAAUGUCCAACAAACACAACAAGAUACAAUGCCUUAUUCGUGUGAAUUAUGUCUCAAACGAUUUCCGCUUAGAACCAGUUUAUGGAAACAUAAACGUGCUAAACAUGGUAUUAUUAAUCCAAAUUCUAGUGGCGGCAACGAUUCACAAACGCCGUCGGCUAGUGGGGAAGGAAGCAGUAGAUCGAGUUGCACAAUAUGUAGAAUUACAUUUUCAGAUAAGAAAUCUUAUUAUCGCCAUCGAAAAAACGUUCACAAAUCCACUGUUCAAAUGUGUAAAAUAUGUGGAAAACCCCUUAACUCGACUUUAGAACUUUAUGAACAUUUGAAGGCUGCUCACGCUAGAGAACUUUUAGGUUACAACGCCAAUCAAGGUUCGAGUAAAUCUCUUGAAGUAGCACAAGAAUUGGAACCUGAUUAUGAGAAUGAUCAAGAAUCAGUGGAUCCUAGCGUUGAUUAUCAGGCUCGAUAUCCUUGUGACACGUGUGGCAAACAAUUCGUAGGUUUGUUAGCUUUGCAGAACCAUCAGUGUAUUAAUCAAGCUCCACCUCAACCACAAACAUUUGACUGUGAGAUUUGUCACAAAAGCUACACGUCAAUAUCAGCUCUAAAGAGCCACCGUGGAUGGCACUUACGAUCACCGGAUGGGAAAGCAGCUGCUAAUAAUAGUGGACUUUGGAUGCCUCAGCACAAAGUCACAAGUAAAAUAAGUAAACAUGAAGUCAUCGAUCCAGUACAACUUGCCAAAGUUACGCAUUCCAGCCCAGCAGCUGCAGUUGCCGCUAAAAGAAGACUCCCACCUGAGGUCGAAGUUACUGUUGUCAAUCCAAAUAAAAAAAUGCGGUCUGAUGAUUCUGUUGAAUUAGAACAACAAAAUUCUAGUUCAGCUGAAGAUAGAUAUUGCAACAUUUGCGACAAGGAGUUUACUAAACGCGCAGCUUAUCAGCGCCAUAUGGAUGAGGUCCAUCAACCGAAUUCAGUAUUUUGUCCAGUGUGUGAUAAGAGUUUUACAAGAAAGUCUACGUUACUUAUUCAUAUGAAGAAGCACUAUGAGAGUGGUGAAGGAAGUUCAAGUAUGGUUGGACAAGUUGAGGAGGAGUUGCACACGUGUGACUUAUGUGGAGCCCAAUACGACGAUGAAGAAUCGCUGAGAGCACAUCGAGUCAGGCAUCAUGGUGAAGAAUCUGAAGAAGACGAUGACGAUGAUGGUGACGAUGGCCACGUGCCCAUUCCCCCCCCGGGUGAGUUCACUUGCGGGCAAUGUGGAGAUGGUGUAGCUACACCGCGAGAUCUCAUCGCUCAUCGCACAAUGCACUCUACUCCCACUAAAUUCUUCUGUAACAUAUGCAAAGUAUACUUUGCAAGAGCAUUGGACCUCUCAUCCCAUACACGAGCUAGACAUGCAGACAACGACAAGGUAUUCUUUCCUUGUGCCAUGUGUGACAGGUUCUACAUGAACAAAAAGAGUUUGCAACGGCACAUUGAAAUGGCCCACUGA